GCAGCCUCGUACACAGAUACCAGCUCGGACGAGGAAGGUGUGUCGCCGCGGGAGAAGGUGCAGAAGAACUCCAAGGGCUUCAGCGAGUUCUGCGUCAAGAACAUCAGUCAGGCGGCGUUUGGGCGUCGCGAGAUCGAGAUCGCCGAACAGGAGAUGCCCGGCAUCAUGGCGCUACGGAAGCGCGCCGAGCAGGACAAGCCCCUUCAGGGGGCGAAGAUUGUCGGCUGCACCCACAUCAACGCCCAGACUGCUGUGCUGAUUGAAACGCUGGUUGCACUUGGUGCCAGCGUAAGGUGGGCUCCUUGCAACAUUUACUCUACCCAGAAUGAAGUUGCAGCUGCUCUUGCUGAAGCCGACAUAUCUGUUUUUGCCUGGAAGGGUGAGUCUGAGGAUGACUUCUGGUGGUGCAUAGACAGAUGUGUGCAUUCAGAAAACUGGCAGCCAAACAUGAUCUUGGACGAUGGCGGGGACGCCACUCACCUGAUGCUCAAGAAGUACCCGGCCAUGUUCAAGAUGAUCAAAGGCAUUGUGGAGGAGAGUGUAACAGGCGUCCACCGGCUCUACCAGCUCUCCAAGUCCGGCAAGCUCACCGUCCCUGCCAUGAAUGUCAACGACUCUGUCACCAAGACAAAAUUUGACAACCUCUACAGCUGCCGAGAGUCAAUCCUCGAUGCGCUGAAGCGCUCGACGGAUGUCAUGUUCGGCGGAAAGCAGGUGCUGGUGUGCGGCUAUGGGGAGGUGGGCAAGGGCUGCUGCUCGGCGCUCAAGGGAAUGGGCGCCGUCGUGUACGUCACAGAGAUCGACCCCAUCUGUGCACUCCAGGCCUGCAUGGACGGCUUCCGUGUCGUCAAGAUCAACGAAGUUGUUCGUAACAUCGACAUUCUCAUCACUGCCACUGGAAACAAGAAUGUGGUCCUGCGAGAGCAUAUGGACAAGAUGAAGAACAGCUGCAUCGUUUGCAACAUGGGUCACUCCAACACGGAAAUUGAUGUGCAAAGCCUACGCACUCCCGACCUGGCUUGGGAGAAGGUGCGUUCGCAGGUGGACCAUAUCAUCUGGCCUGACGGAAAGCGUAUUGUGCUGCUUGCUGAGGGACGUUUGGUGAACUUGAGCUGCUCCAGUAUCCCAUCCUUUGUGGUGUCCAUUACUGCGGCAACUCAAGCUUUGGCUCUGAUCGAGCUCUACAACGCCCCUCACGGCCGCUACAAGAGCGAUGUCUACCUCCUGCCGAAGAAGAUGGACGAGUACGUGGCCAGCCUUCACCUGCCGACCUUUGACGCCCACCUGACCGAACUGACCGACGACCAAGCCAAGUACAUGGGCCUCAACAAAGCAGGUCCCUUCAAGCCCAACUACUACAGGUACUAACCACCUCGUCGUGCAAUAGUAGAGGAAGGGAACAGCCGAGCAUUCCAGUGUGCAGUCGGAUGAAGCAGUCUGGAAGAGCAAGACGAAAAAGAAAGGAAACGACCUGGAUUGGAAGCCUUUACGUCAGGCGGGGGGAAACACCUUUGGGAGCGGUCUUGGGGGGGUGGGGGUCAGGUGACCCCAUUUCACUGUACAUAGGGUAGUGCCCGACAAAAGAGCCUUGCGGCUGAUAAUCCCAGACGUAGCUCUUGGGCCACGCGCAGAAGAGUUGUCUCUCUGUCGGUCCGCCCAGAUACGCUUUGAUCUGACCGGUGGGGAGCAGGCGCGACGUCCCACAGCGAAUGGUUUUUCUCGACUCGUGCCCUGUCGUUUUGUUUUCUAAUUUGUGCCUUGCUUUGCUUUGGGGCUAUCUCCGUGUGCCACGUCUGGAACCUUUUUUUUUGUUUGCAAAGCGUCCGCUACGGAGCGCGUGUGACAUCUUAUGGGAGUCGCGAGAACGGGGCGGACUUUAAAAUUUGGGAGGAGGGGAAGGGGGUCGUUGGACGUCUGCUUCCUCGGGCGAGCCGAUCUACGAUUGGGCACCUGCUCUUUGGGGAUGGGCUUCAGAUUACACCGGGAGGUUACGCAUACAACUCGGUGGAGAACUCUUUCCAUUGUUUAAUUUGCUGAUCUCUCGAGCUUCUUUUGUAUUCUUUGUAGCUUUCGGCGGGGAUUGCAGGAGCCGGGUUCAUGCCUCACUCCCUCGUUAUUGUCCCGCUUUCGGCUAGAGUUUAGGGUCUCGCAUGCAACAGGCCUGUGCUGCCCUGUGAGACGCUAGCCUUUUUGUGUUUGAGGACUGCUUACUUUUUUUUUUUUUUUUUGACUCGCACUAAUGUCCCGCGUUGGCGAUUUGAUCGCAGCCGCGCUCCGGGGCGAACGUUGCUCCGAAGGGGCAUUGAAGAGAAGACAUUCCUUUUUGCGAGAAACGUAGCCGAGGGGUUGCACCGUAAUGUCUUAGACUACUACUUAGCAAAACAAUAAUUUACAUAUAUAGCUCUUUUUAUUAUACGCAGCCCAGUCGUACGCUUUCGGGGUCAGGUUUAGAAGCUUGUUGUCAGCGUCCGUUGCAGCUGGGAUAUGAAUGCCCUCUCUUUUUCUCGACAAUUUGCUGCCGAGGGGCAGCUUUUGCUUUUGAGUUUUGAUGUUACGUCACAUUUGUAUUUUUUUUUUAUUUUGUACCCCUUUUUUUCAAGCGCAAACUUCUGUAUUAAUGCACGAGGAAUCCUUCCGUGGAUUUUCAGACUUUACAACGAGCAAUUGCGAUAACUUCUCGUUUUGCGCGCGCUUUGUUUUUCUCGUCGCAAUCUUGGCAGAGGUGAAACAACGGAAGAUCUUGUCAAAAAACGACAAAGAACAUCAUCCGAAGAAUUGUUGCUCAAAGGCGAGAAGUGGGAUAAAAAAAGCGUCGAGUUUCCGGGGAAAUUGGCGAGCCACCUCUGGUCCGUCGUCUGCUAGGAUCUGUCGUCUGCUACGAUCCAUCGUCUGUCAAGGGACGGGACUGUGCUCGUACGUGCGUUUUUGUUGCUGAUCUGAGAAAUGCAGCUGCUUGUGUUUCCUCUUAUCCCCCAUCUUUCAUUGUGCCCUAACUAUUAUAUUGUUUCGAUAGUAAAGUAUCAUUUUUCCAAAGUA